UAAGGAGGUGAAGAAACCUGCAGAGUUCAAGUUGCAGAGGGUGGAGAAAGAAAAGUGGAAGAAAAAAACUGAACGAAAAAGACUUGGAGAGCUGAGAAGGAGAAAGGUGAGCUCUGAGUUUAUCUAAAUACAAAAAGGGAAACCUGAGCUUUGAAUCUUCAGUGCAGAGGAGAGAAAAAGACGUAGCAGUGAGAGUUAGAAGUUAUGAAAUAGGGUGAUGUUUGACAGCAGGAAUGAGAUGAAAGUCUAGACGGUGAAAGUGCAGUGGGCUGUGGAGAGCCGGCGGAGCAGAGCGGCGGCAGGAGCGACUGUGGGCGGGGAGAGAGGAAGUGUGGUCGACAGGAGAGGAAUUUAAAGUCCCAUUGUUCUGGAAGAGCUGAAGAGAGAGAGAGCUGAAGAGAAGAAGAGUGAGAACACCGACAGAGAGACAGACAGACAGCGGACAACAUGGACGUGAGCUCAGCCAUGGAGAAGAUGUCAGUGAAGCAGACUGCGGGAGGCUCAUAUCUCGUAUGUAAGCAAAGGUGUUCUGGACUCCAGCCACAUUCUUGGAGGAAAGCCUGCAUCGCCUGCGGCUGCAGCACAGUCGACCACGCUCCUGGAAAUGAUGUUGAAGAUGAUCAGCGAAUGGGACGCCUGCUCGCAGACUCACCAUAUGCCCAUUUAACAGCAAAGGUCAAAGGCGGUGGCGGCCUACGCAUGUACAAGAGGAACCGUAUGAUUGUGACCAAUCCUGUGGUGUCGCGUAAAGACCCAACCUUCAACACCACGACUUAUGACUGGGCGCCUGCCGGCCUCAACCAGACGCUGGCGAUGCAGUACAUGGAGCUCAUCCCAGAGAAACAAAGUCCUGUUUCGGGAACAGAUGGAGCGCUGGAGCGACGCAGGCAGCUCUUCAGUCAGCUCCCGGUCUACGACAACGACCCCAUGAAGUGUCAGAGCCUGACAACUGAGGAGGAGAUUUCCUCCAUGCUGCUCUUUGUGAAGCACUACAAACAGGAAGUGCUCGGAGUCGGGGAGGUGGCCUUGCCUGGCGAGGGCGGAGCUCUGAGGGAAGCAGCCAUUCAGAGGACGGCAAAGGAGGCCAAAGAUCGCAGCAACAGCGACAGGAAGGAUUCUCUGGAGCACCAGGGACAUGAUUCGACCAAUAACAGCUCUGCACCUGCUUCUGGUCCCACUAACGGAACAGAUGGCAGCACCAAGACUGAAUUUCAUUGCUCUGGUUGCCUUAAAGAGGUUGCCAAAGAGAGUCCAGCUGUUUAUGCCGAGCGAGCCGGUUACAACAACGCCCUGUGGCAUCCCACUUGCUUCAAAUGUUCAGAGUGUGGCCUGGGAUGCGUGGACUUGGUCUACUUCUGGUCCAAUCAGAAGCUUUUUUGUGGAAGACACUACUGUCAGACGGUCUGGCCGAGAUGCUCAGGCUGUGAUGAGUUAAUCUUUUGCCCGUCCUUUCAUACAUCAAAAGAUGGCCAGACGUGGCAUCAUGAACAUUACUGUUGCUGGAAGUGCGGGCAACACCUGGAUACACCGUGUCAGCACUGAGACGCCGCCUGUCAGCACUGAGACGCCGCCUGUCAGUACUGUAUUAAACCCAGUUUGUUGUUCGGAUUUAAUAAGUUUAAGCGCUGCACAAGAGCAGAAGUACAAGAUGCUAAAGAAAUAUUGAAUCAGUACUGACAUUUUUUUAUUUUUUAUGUGAGAGAACACAAAAGAUUUUUAUUACAGGAAAUCUUUUUUCAGCAGUGGUUGGUUGGAUUCUCUUGUAAUAAACUAGUGAACAAAGUGAGAGCUUAAAUAUUUGGUUGACAUUAAGUAUUCCAGAUGAAUCUUUAUGAGUUAUUAUUGAUGUUUAAAAUGCUUAAAGUGACACUGAAGUUCUCAAAUAUGUGAUGUCAGUUAAGCCCACAAGUGUUUGAAGUACUUCAGGAUAUGUUUAAAUGACACAAAGUGUUUAAAGUACAUCUGGACAUUUUGAAUUUUUAGCACUUCAAUAGCCGACAGUGAAGAGAGCCAGAUGUUGUGGUUUCAGUCUGCAGAGCGUUGGAAACAAACUGCGGUUUCAGAGGAGGAAACAAAUGACACAAAACUGAAUGGAGUAGUAAACAAGAUUAAAACUGUAAUGUUACUAAAAAAUCAACAAUAGCAAGAUUUAUACAACAAAAAAUUACUUGUGUGCUUUUAUCCAAUGACUGACUGAAUGGUUGAUUAUUUUAAAUAUUUAAAAUGCCAACUCUCACAAACUUUAUUAUAAGUUUUAAUCAAACAGAUGAUGUUCUAAUUGCAUUCAUUACUGAGCACUUUGAGGAUCGACUGCCCCCUAAAAGAAAAAUGUGCAACUUUUUGAUCCAGUAGAUCCAGUAGAUAGUUAAUCCCGUCCUUGAGCACCAGCAUGAAACCAAAACAAAUUGCUGUUGGACCACACCUCCGCCAUACUGAAGCCCCUGCUCUCCUACAGCGAUACACCUCCAACCCCUCUACACUCGCAUUUGAACGAAGGAGUUAUCAAAUUGGAACACAUCAUAAUUAAGCACUAAGCGCAAGCGGCAGACAAAGUUGUCCUUGUCUCGAGCUGCAUUAUUGUGUUAGCAGGCUAACGUUAGCGCUCUUUAGUUAGCUCGUAGCUUCACAUUGCAUGUACAUUUACACAAUGACCGUGAUCUAAAAAUGCUUACGUGACAUCCAAAUAAGCAGUGAGUAUGUUCUUCUUCUUUUCACUACUCCCUCACUCAAACAGCUUUUAUACACAAGGGGAGGAGCCGGCCGUCCCGUCCAUGUAAACACAGCUCUGACAACAACACAGCCAGCGGGACUCGAGCUUCUCACUCAUUGUAGACAGUCAUGACUCAAAGAGACAUUUACACAGGAUAUACAGGAUAUACAACUAAAGUAGUCGACUUUGUAAAUAGACAUACUGUACUAUCCAUUUUGUGUCCUGUAAUCUUAGCCCUCUUGUGGUCUUAAAAACAGCAUACAUAAAAUAAAUUCAAAUUCACUUAAAGCUACAAUAUCAAAGUUUUCCACCUUAAAGUAGUACUUUCAAAGUGGAGCUAAUGGUUUCAUUAACUAUCAACAGUGAGAAUAGCAGUUAUCUUAUUUACAUAUUUACUUUAGGGGACAUUCCUGAUGACCCAUCAGAUCGGCAACUCAAAAUUUCCGGCUUCCGAGAUCAAAUUGAACGCACCAUGACCUCAGAAACUGGACAGGUAGACGCUGGAAUAGGCUUAAAGUUAAUUAACAGAAGUUUUUAUUUUUCUUUGUUCUACAGUAGAGUCAUGUGUUUGAUUCGUUUUCUAUAGAAAGUAGGAGUUUUAUUCUUAUUUGUCAUUUUCUUCUCCUUUAAUUCUGCUCGAUGCGUUAUUUUAUUAGAACAUUUUGGAGUUAUUGUUUUUGAAUUUUAAUUUUUUCUUGACCAUGGAUCAUUGCUGCUGUUAUAUUUUUGAUGAAGUUUUGUAUUAUAAGAAAAACUGGCAGGCGUGAUAUUUAAAUAGCAUGUCACCUGAUUAUAGAGCACCAUGAGUUAGCUACACAAUUUUCUGUUGGCAAGUUUGUAGUUUUGAAAAAUGCUAAAAGCUCGAAACACAAGCUAGAAUGCUUAACUUUUGUUCAAAUAAUUAAUAAAAUCUUCAGCUGUCA